UGACACCAAGUCCACCGGCAUGCUGCUCCCGGUGCACUUCUACCGCGGGGCGGACCGGCGAGCCCCCAUGCCCAGCGCCGCAGUCCGGGCCUUCUCAGAGAGCUUCCGGCAAGAUCUGGACCCGUUCCUCCGGCAGAGCAGCGUCGGUCCGAACAUGGCCGCAGAAACCACGUGCGCAUACUGCAAGGCCGUCCACCGUGACGCCCGGUCCCUGUACAAGUGCUCGCGUUGCUCGAGCGUGCGCUCCUGCGGAAGAGAGUGCCAGAAGUCCCACUGGCGGGCUCACAAACAGGAUUGCCAGCGGACUGCGAACCUGCGCGCGCGUGAGCCUGCACCCCCCCGCUCGCGUGUCCCCGUCGCCGAGCAGCUGCGGGCGGCGAUAGCCGAGCAGCAGGAGACCGAAGAGGAUGCGGAGCGCGAGGCCGAGGAGAUACGGGCGGCAGUGGCGGCGGCGAUUGACAGCGGCGGUUGA